AGUAUAAAGACACACACACACACACACACACACACAGCUGUUAGCAUCAGGAAUACCGCACUGGAAGCCUUUCAGCGUUGAAAGCUGACACGGUGGACAAAAGAUGACAAACAUCUCGCAAUAUCUUGUUAACCACCUGCUGACGUUCUCACUCCAGGACGGGGAUGUGCAGAGUGUGGAGGAGGCCAAGUCACGUCUCUCCUUCCUGGCUCAGAACAAAAAGCUAUGGAGCCAACAGAUGUGCCUGGAUGUUGGAUCAGAGGCCAUUCAUCUCCGAGACAUACAGAGCCAGGAUGAGCUGGAGAACUACUCCUUCAAAUCCAUCUACCGAUGUGACGCCAUUAACACAGAAAAACACUUCUCAUCCCUCCUCAUGUUAAUCUGCCAAAGUGAAGAUCAGAAGAAGCCGGACAUUCUCUUCUUCAACUGUGAGACGGUGAAGGCAGACGAAAUCUGUGACCAAAUAACUCAAGCGGUUUCGGAUUCCUCCAGGAGUAAGAAGCUCCCUGAUGCCCUCAGGCUUCCUCAGAGCGGUGGGGAGAUGAUCGACCCCUAUGAAAUCCCAAGUCCCCCAUUUGCACACGCUCCGAAUGCCCCACCAGCAAACCCGCCACCUUACCCUGGACCUAGAGCAGCAAACGCUGUGAACGGCGAGCCUGAUAUCACUUUCCUACGAGCGGAGAGAGAAGUGGGGAUCCUCAAUCACUGCUUCGAUGACAUCGAGAACUUCAUGGCCAGGCUGCAGCAGACGGCCGAGGCUGCGACGGUGCUGAGCCAGAGGAAGAAGAAAAAGAAGAAGAGUAAAAAGCAAAGUGCCGAAGAAGAUCUACUCACAGCAAAGGCCCGCCCCCCACCAGAGGAGGAAUUCAUCAAUAUCUUCCAGAAAUUCAAAUAUUGCUUCAGCCUACUGGCCCGUCUGAAAUCAAUCAUCUCCAAUCCUUCAUCAGAGGAGCUGGUUCACCAUGUGUUCAAACCUUUGGACAUGAUGGUGAAAACGACUGGAGGACCAGGUCUCGGAGCCUCUGUGUCCAGCCCCGCCAUGACCAACUCCGCUGUGUCCCUGCUACAAGACAACCUGAACGAGGAGGAGAGGCAGCUGUGGUCGUCUCUGGGACCAAACUGGACACUCCCUCGGUCUCAGCUCAGAGGGCCUGUGGCUCCGUACACCCCUGUGUUCUUGGACGGUUGGAAGCCGGAAGCCUCGAGGGCAGACGGGCAGGUUUGGGAGGAUCCGGUCGAGUCACAGCACAAACAUGAAGCCCUCCGAGUCAAACAAGAGCAGCAACAGCCUCCUCAGCCGGUCGGUCCUCCUGAUACCCGUGUCAGUGAUGAAACAGAUGGCGGCACACUCCCACCAGAGGCUGAAAGAGUCUACAGCUGCAGUUACGACUUCAUAGCCAGGAACAGUAGUGAGCUGUCAGUGCAGCAGGGGGAGACACUUGAGGUGAUCGAAUCAUCCAAGCGCUGGUGGAAGUGCCGUAAUCGCUUCAACCAGAUCGGCUUCGUCCCCUUCAACAUCCUGGAGCCUGCAGCUCACAUAGAUAGCCCCGUCACCAACAAACCCCCCAAUGCUCCCGCUCCACCUCCCCUCGCCAUGACUUCCUCUACAGUCCCACCCAGCCCUCCUGCUCUGCUGCUGGCCCCCACCCACUCCCCACAGCGCCCCCGCAGCUCACCGGCAUACAGCCAACAUAUACCAGCUGCAGAGGACACGGAUAAAGUAAUGAUGGUGAAUGACGAGCUGCUCCAGAGGCUGACCAAUGGAAAGGCCAAUCUAAACAAACCUCUGGUCAUCCCUCGCUCCGUGGAGACCUCUGUUCCUCUGGACUACCACUCUCCUCCAGAGGAGGUGGCUGAGUGGCUCAGAGGGAAAGGCUUCAGUGAACCGACGGUGUCAUGUUUGGGAGUGCUGACAGGUGCCCAGCUCUUCUCCCUCAACAAGGAGGAGCUGCGAGCUGUGAUUCCAGAUGAGGGCGCCAGAGUGUACAGUCAGCUCACUGUGCAGAAAGCACUGCUGGAGGAUGCCAGACGGGCCACAGAGUUGGAAGCAGUCAUGGAGAAACAGAAAAUGAAGGUUGAUCUGAAACUGGAGAGCAGCACAUUGUGAGCAGGAGGAGGUGGGGGGGGGUCUACAUCAUGAAGUUUCAGAUGAAGGAUUGUGUCACCGAAGAGCGAACUCAUGAAUUGUUGAUUAUAUUUACCUGAGAACAAACAAACAUCGUCAGCUGACCAUCAAAAUGCAUCUAUGAACAUCAUGCUCAUUCUCACAUCAUUACUUCAAGCUUUUAAUGCAAGCAGGUGCUGUGCAGACGAAAUACAUUUGCACAUAAAGAAGACCAUUUGUAAAUUAUUUUGUCUGUUUUAAUGUGAAUAGUUUUCUUCACUGUCCAUUUCUGCUUAGUAGUUAAGAACUAACUUAAAUGAAAUGUAUUUAACUUUGUAAAAUACGUGUCUAACAAUUCAACCAUGAUUAACAUGCCUCGACACAAUAAAAAUUAAAAUGGU